AUGCCUGUUCCUCCCGCUAAUUCACUAACUUCCGGGGAGGCGGAAGCCGGUUCGUCUCAUGUCGUCCCCUAUCCUUAUCAAGAAGAUGAGGUCAUAGGGGGGGAGUCUGUUCUUUCCAUACAGAACAGACUCUUGGCCAAUCACCGCUCUCCGCCUGCCGAGGUCAUCCAAUGGGCCCGGAUAGAGGCGGAAGAUCUUUUCGAGGUCAAGGUGGAUAUCAUGCGACAGAUGAUACCCCUUGAUCUGGAAGGAGAUUGGCCGAGAUGGGGUGCGCGAGCCCUCGAUAAUCCUCGUACCUUAACGGGCGAGGAGUCGUUGGAGGAACUCUACUGCACGUGGGAUAAAGUCCUUUAUCAGGACUUCCCAACCAUCCAGAAAUUGAGAGAACGUAUGCUUUUUUUGAGAUCCGAUGGGGAUGCCGGAUCUCAAGCAUAA